UUCUUCUUUCUCUCCAUCUUCCCUACCUUUCACAGCUUUGCGGUAACUGGAAAAUGGAGUUCAGUUUCGGGCUGCCUGCCCAGAAAGAAGGAAAUGUGACUGACGUGAAGAAGCCAGAGAGGAAGAAUGAAGAAAUUCCAAAGGUUUCUCCCUACUUUCGAAAUCACUAUGGGAACAAUGGAGGCAAUGGUGAAGAGAAUCAAGGAAAAGUUGCAACCAGAAAGAUCGUUUUAGCACUGCCUGCCUACUGUCCCCAGAAAUUACCAACUGUGGUUGACUUAAAGGAGCCGAUGAGGACGAAUAAAGAAGCUUAUAACAACAUUAAGAUUGGACAUGAUUUGCAAAGUAGUGGCAAUGAAAUUGGAACUGGAAACACUACAACCAAUAAUGGGAAGAGAACAUCUAUAAAGCAUGAGGAAGUUCAAAAGGUUUCCCCAUACUUUUGGAAUGACUAUGGGAAGAAGGGAGACAAUGGGAAAGAAAAUGGUGAUGAAAUUGCAAUUGAAACGGUCAAAUCUAAAAGGAAGAGAAGGUUGAAGAACCGGUUGAAGAAGUAUGAGCUUCAUGGUGACAACGAGAAGAAGAAUGGUUCUGAAUCAUGCUGUUAUGGCAGUGAUAGGAAUGGAGAUGAAACUGCAAUUGGAAAGAUCAAACCGAAACAAAAGAGAAGGCUGAAGAGUCAUGAGGCUCAAGGUGACAAUGAGAAGAAGGUUGAUACUGAAUUGUGUUAUGGCAGUCAAGAGAACGGAGAUGAAAUUCCUAUUGAAAAGAUCAAAUCCAAAAGGAAGAAAAGGUCCAAGAAGUGUAAGCCUCAAGGUGAAAACAAGGAGAAUAUUGAUCCUGAGCUUAGUUGUUAUGGCUGUGACAUUGGAUUUGUUGAAGACAAGCUGCUGACAGAUGGAAAGAUUAAAUCGAAGGAAAAGAAGAAGAAAUCGCUUGAGGAUAAGCUGUGGGAGAAUAUAGCUGCAGAUGAGGGUGAUGAUGCUGAAAUCAGUAAAUACAUACUCAAGAAGCGUGAGCCUCAAGGUGACGAGGAGAAGAUUGAUCCUGAAUUUUUUUGUUAUGGCUGUAACAUUGGAUUUGGUAAAGAUGAGCUGCUUGCAGGUGGAAAGAUUAAAUCAAAGGAAAAGAAGAAAAAAACAGUCGAGGUUGAGGAUGAACUGCAGGAGAAUAUAGUUCAUAAUGGUACAGCGAAGAAGACAAAAGUCAAACCAUUGGAUAUAGAAAGCAUGUCUGAACCAAUUGCUUUACCUACCUAUGGAGACUUGAAGAGGGAUAAACUGGAGGAAGAUGGGAGCGAGGUACAGAUUAAUCAUCGACCGGGACAUGCAAGUUAUGCUGUUUCUGUUGUUUUAACUUCUGCUUCUGGAGACUGCUUUGAGGAUAAGCUGAAAGAAAAUGGAAAUGGACUUGAAUCCAUUAGCAUUGAAUUCAAGAAGAGUAAAUUUAAUUGCCAGAAAACUGUUGAGGAGAGUGUCAAGGUUAGAAAGGUUUCUCCUUACUUUCAGAGUGACAAUGUGAAGAACAAAGUCUUUGCAGAUAAGCUGCUAAAUAAGAGAAAUGAUGCUGAAACCAGUAAUGUUAAACCCAUGAAGAUGGAAUCUGUGGUUCAGAAAAGACUGGAGGUAAAUAUUAGUGGGGAGAAGAGUGAACAACAGGGUCAAGAUAGUCAUAUUGAUUCUGUUGUGGUUACAGUUGCCUCUGGAGACUUGGAGGAAGUGCAGGAAAUUGGAAGUGGAAUUGAAACCAUUAAAGUUGAACUCAUGAAGAAAAGAAAAUCGAAUAAUCCAAAAACUGCCGAGGAGGGUGACAAGAUUCGAAAGGUUUUUCCUUACAUGUGAAAGCGCUUGAUCAUGAACAUGAUUUUGAUUCUGCUGCUUUAGUGGGUAAGCACUAGAUGUAGGUCUGUAGGGUGAAUCUUAUGUGGCUAGUUACGGGGUGUGUUUUGUAUUAGUUUCCCCGUUUAUGUAUAUUCCACAUUUAGGCAUGUUAUCUUUGUCAUGUACAUCCAUCUUUUUGAGAUACUUUGAUCUUAUUUUGUAUAUGGGUUGUAGUGUUGUAGAGCACAUGACAUUAUUUUACUUAUGCAUUGUUGCAAGUAUUAUUCAGUA